AUGAUAUGGCGGUGCAGUGCUGGUGCUGAAUUGCUCUCUCUGAUGGCUCUAUGGGAGUGGAUAGCACUGAGUCUUCAUUGCUGGGUUUUAGCAGUUGCUGCUGUUUCGGAUCAGCAUGCCACAAGUCCCUUCGACUGGCUCCUGUCUGAUAAGGGACCCUUCCAUCGCUCACAGGAAUACACAGAUUUUGUGGACAGAAGCCGGCAGGGAUUUAGCACAAGAUACAAGAUUUACAGGGAGUUUGGCCGCUGGAAAGUAAAUAACCUUGCUGUGGAGAGAAGAAAUUUCCUUGGUUCCCCACUGCCUCUUGCUCCUGAAUUCUUCCGCAAUAUAAGACUAUUGGGACGUCGACCCACCCUUCAACAAAUCACGGAAAACCUCAUCAAGAAAUAUGGGACCCACUUCUUGCUAUCAGCUACCCUGGGAGGAGAGGAGUCACUCACGAUUUUUGUGGAUAAGCGGAAGUUGAGCAAGAGAUCCGAAGGAAGUGAUUCUACAACCAAUAGUUCCUCAGUGACACUUGAGACCCUUCAUCAACUUGCUGCUUCCUAUUUCAUUGACAGGGACAGCACAUUACGGAGACUUCACCACAUUCAAAUUGCAUCCACUGCCAUAAAGGUAACAGAAACACGAACUGGUCCUCUUGGCUGCAGUAACUAUGACAACCUAGAUUCAGUCAGUUCGGUUCUGGUUCAAAGUCCUGAGAAUAAGAUUCAGUUACAAGGGCUUCAAGUCAUCCUUCCAGACUACCUACAGGAGCGUUUUGUGCAGGCAGCUCUGAGCUAUAUUGCCUGUAAUUCAGAGGGAGAGUUUAUUUGUAAAGACAACGAUUGCUGGUGUCAAUGUGGCCUCAAAUUCCCAGAAUGCAACUGUCCUUAUAUGGAUAUUCAAGCCAUGGAAGAAAAUCUUCUUCGAAUAAGUGAGACCUGGAAUGCCUACAACAAUGAUUUUGAGGAAUCAGAUGAAUUCAAAUUCUUUAUGAAAAGGCUUCCCAUGAAUUAUUUCCUCAACACAUCUACCAUAAUGCAUUUGUGGACAAUGGAUUCUAAUUUUCAGCGUCGUUAUGAACAACUGGAGAACAGCAUGAAACAACUUUUCCUAAAGGCACAGAAAAUUGUAUACAAGCUUUUUAGCCUUAGUAAGAGGUGUCAUAAACAACCACUCAUCAGCCUGCCAAGACAAAGAUCUUCGACCUACUGGUUAACCCGUAUCCAGUCAUUUCUGUAUUGCAAUGAAAAUGGCCUUCUGGGAAGCUUUUCUGAAGAAACUCACUCUUGUACUUGCCCCAAUGACCAGGUCACCUGCCACGGUUUCCUUCCCUGCAUUGUGGGAGAUGGAUCGUCGUGCUUAACCUGUGCUCCUGAUAAUCGUACACGAUGUGGAAAUUGUAAUACCGGAUAUAUGCUGAGUCAAGGGCUUUGUAAACCGGAAGUGGCAGAAUCAACAGAGCACUAUAUUGGCUUUGAGACUGACCUGCAGGACCUGGAAAUGAAAUAUCUUUUGCAGAAAACUGACAGGAGAAUUGAAGUCCAUGCCAUAUUCAUCAGCAAUGACAUGCGUCUCAAUAGCUGGUUUGAUCCUUCCUGGCGCAAACGAAUGCUCCUUACCCUAAAGAGCAACAAGUACAAAGCAAGCCUUGUCCACAUGAUUUUGGGUCUCUCUCUGCAGAUUUGCUUAACUAAAAAUAGCACCUUGGAGCCAGUUUUGGCUGUUUAUGUCAAUCCGUUUGGAGGCAGCCACUCUGAGAGUUGGUUUAUGCCUGUGAAUGAAAACAGCUUCCCAGACUGGGAACGGACUAAGUUGGACUUACCACUUCAGUGUUAUAACUGGACACUGACUCUAGGCAACAAGUGGAAGACUUUUUUUGAAACAGUACAUAUCUACUUGAGGAGUCGCAUCAAAUCAAAUGGCCCAAAUGGCAAUGAAAGCAUCUACUAUGAACCACUGGAGUUUAUUGACCCUUCCCGGAACCUGGGCUACAUGAAAAUCAACAACAUUCAAGUAUUUGGCUACAGCAUGCACUUUGACCCUGAAGCAAUUCGGGAUUUGAUCUUGCAGCUGGACUACCCUUAUACUCAGGGAUCCCAGGACUCAGCACUUUUGCAGUUGCUUGAGAUAAGGGACCGUGUAAAUAAACUUUCCCCACCUGGUCAGCGUCGUCUUGACCUUUUCUCUUGCUUGCUUCGUCAUAGACUCAAGCUGUCGACUAGUGAGGUGGUGAGAAUUCAAUCUGCUUUGCAGGCCUUUAACUCCAAAUUGCCAAACACAAUGGAUUACGACACAACCAAAUUAUGUAGUUAA